AUGACUAACAGCCUGCUAGGAAUUCUCCUGCGUUUCCGCAAAGACAAAGUUGCGGCGACGGCAGAUGUGGAACAAAUGUUUUAUAGGUUCAGGGUCCGUGAAGAUCAUAGAGACUACCUUCGUUUCUUUUGGUAUAGAGAUAACGACGUCGACAAGGAUCUGAUCGAAUACAGAAUGAAAGUUCAUGUCUUCGGCAAUACCUCAUCCCCAGCAGUUGCCACAUACGGACUAAGGAGAGCGGUUCAACAUGCCGAUGAGGAUGUCAAACGAUUUGUAAACAGAGAUUUUUACGUCGAUGACGCUUUAACGUCUAAACCUGAAGCAACGCAAACAAUUGAGCUGAUGAAGAAGACGCAGUCUACUUUACUAGAGGAGGGCCAUAUAAGACUCCAUAAGAUCGCGUCUAACAGUCUGUUGGUCAUGUCUUCUUUUCCCACACGAGACCUCGGAAACAAUUCCAAGUCCUUGGAAUUAGGAAGUGAUGAAGAUUGUUGUCUACAUCGUAGUCUAGGCGUAUCUUGGGAUAUACUAAAGGAUGUUUUGACAUUCCGAAUUUCUGACGACGUCAAGCCUUUCACACGACGUGGAAUACUAUCGACGGUGAAUAGUCUUUACGAUCCUAUUGGUUUUGUGGCACCGGUGGUCAUUAAAGGAAAAUUGUUACUCAGAGACUUGGUGUCUAGAAAUUACGAUUGGGAUGACGAGCUGCCAUUUGACCGACAACGUGAAUGGGUAGAAUGGAGGGAAUCGUUGAAAAGUUUGGAUUCCAUAGAGAUCCCGCGUCAGUACUUACCUGUGUCCCCAGAGAAUGCAACUAGGAUAGAACUGCAUGUCUACUGCGACGCUUCUGAGAAAGCAAUCGCUGCGUCAGCUUACAUAGUUUGCAAGGCCCUUAAAGGCGAAGAUCGCUCUAGUUUUGUGAUGGGAAAGGCGAAGGUUGCACCUACUAGCGGACAUACGAUACCAAGACUGGAAUUAUGUGCAGCUGUGCUAGCUGUUGAGACUACUAGUACUAUUCUAGAACAAAUAGACAUAAACUUCGAUCAAGUAAAAUACUUCUCUGACAGUAAAGUAGUUUUAGGAUACAUUAACAAUAAGACAAAGAGGUUCUAUACUUACGUUAGUAAUCGUGUAGAGAAGAUACGUAGCUCGUCUUGUCCGGAACAAUGGAAUUACGUGCCAACUCACUUGAAUCCAGCUGACUGUGCAACUAGAGGUGUUGCAGCGAUAAAUAUGGUUCAAAGUCAGUGGUUAAAGGGUCCUUCUCAGAUGCAUCUUGAAGAAGAUAGUGACUUUCCUUUGGUUAACCCAGAGUUAGAUAAGGAAAUUCACGUAAAUGUCGCAGCAUCUAAAGUAACCUGCGCUGAACAGAACAUAGAACGCAGUAUGUUAGAGACUGAAAGGUUUGAACGUUUCUCUAGUUGGGCUAGUAUUAAGCGUGCUAUCUCAUUCCUACAAAGAAGAGUGAACGUAGUUAGCAGUCAAUUGUCGUCUAAACCUGAUGAAGAAAUAUUGGACUUUACCCGACAAGAUAGAGCUGAAAGUCUAAUCCUCCGGUCUGUUCAGAUUGAAGCUUACUCAGAAGAGUAUCAGUGCCUAGAUGCAGGGAAGUCCAUACCAAAGAAAAGUGCGAUAGCUACACUAAAUCCGUUUAUUGAUGCCAAAGGAGUUCUACGUGUGGACGGUAGACUAGAAAGGUCCGACUGGACUAGUUAUGAGAAACAUCCCGCUAUUGUUCCAAAGAAACAUCACAUCGCAACUCUACUUGUACGGCAUUAUCACGAACAUGUUAAACACCAAGGCAGGCACUUGACAGAAGGAGCCCUUAGGUCGAGUGGUUACUGGAUUGUCGGAGCCAAACGUCUGAUCUCCAGUAUCAUACAUAGUUGUGUCCAGUGUAGAAAACUCCGGGGUAAACAUGCCCAACAGAUCAUGAGUGACUUGCCUCAAGAUCGCUUAGAACCAGCACCUCCGUUUACUUAUGUUGGAGUCGAUGCCUUCGGACCAUGGAACGUUACAGCUCGUCGAACCAGAGGUGGCAAAGCUAACAGUAAGCGAUGGGGUAUAUUGUUUACAUGCCUCACGAUCAGGGCAAUUCAUAUAGAGGUAGUAGAAGAGAUGUCAGCUUCUGCAUUUAUGAACGCGCUAAGAAGGUUCAUAGCUCAACAUGGGAACGUCAAACUGUUCAGAUCGGACAGAGGCACAAAUUUCGUUGGAGCCACGAAGGAUCUUAACGUGAAUGUCAUCAACGUUGAAGAUGGCUGUGUGAACAACUUAUUAAAACAGAAAGGCGUAUUAUGGGUAUUCAACCCACCCCAUGCUUCGCACAUGGGCGGAGCAUGGGAAAGGAUGAUUGGUGUAGUCAGACGCAUUUUAGAUUCUAUUCUGUCGGAGGCAUCCUGUAAAACUCUGACUCACGACGUUCUAACAACUGUUAUGGCGGAAGUGUGUGCUAUCGUGAACGCGAGACCCAUAGUGCCUAUAUCGACAGAUAGUAGUGAACCGGAAGUCCUCAGCCCUUCCUCAAUACUGACCCAGAAAGCUGACUUCAGUACUCCUGACUUCGAAAAUAUGAGUUUGACGGACAUCUACAGAGCUGAAUGGAAACGCGUACAGGUUCUUGCGGACAGAUUUUGGAAGAGGUGGAAGAACGAUUAUUUGCAGAGUCUCCAGCCUAGACGAAAGUGGCAACAGGAAGUGGAAGAUAUUCAUGUAGGAGAUGUUGUUUUAGUCAAAGAUGUUGAAGUGAUUCGAAACCAGUGGCCAUUAGGAAUCGUUGAAGAAGUUUUCCCCAGUAAAGAUGGUAGAGUGAGAAAACUGAGUGUACGAAUGCGUCGUGAAAUGAAAAAUGUUGUACUAACAAGGCCAAUUUCGGAAAUCGUACUGUUGUUGUGCAAUGAAUAA